GCUCACUGCAGUUGCAAGACAUCAUCCUUGGCCAAACUGCACUGUAGGUUUCAUUAUAACCACUGCAACAAAAAAUUGCUUGCUGAAACGAAAUGGAUUGGACAGAGCCGAUUCCAGCGUUGUUCCUCUUUAUCCUUAUGAUUACCGUUGUUUUGAAACUGGGCAUUUUCUGGAACAAGAGCUCCCAAAAUCUUCCACCAGGACCGAGGCCUUUACCUGUCAUUGGGAAUCUCCACAUCAUGGAUCUGAAGAGGCCUUACAAAACCAUGCUAAAGUUGUCAAAGCAAUAUGGCCCUGUCUUCAGCAUCCAAAUGGGACCCCAGAAAACUGUGGUGUUGACAGGAUAUGAGACAGUAAAGGAGGCUCUGGUUAAUCAGGCGGACGCAUUUGCAGACAGACCCAUCGUUCCAUUGUUUCAUGAGCUUUCGCAAGGCUUUGGUGUAAUUCUGUCUAAUGGUGAAAACUGGAAAGUGAUGCGGCGGUUUGCUUUAAGCACAUUACGGGACUACGGAAUGGGAAAGAGGACCAUAGAGGAUAGAAUUGUUGAGGAAUGCAGUGUCCUGAUAAAGAAAUUUGAAUCCUACGAAGGAAACCCAUUUGAGACCACCACAAUUAUGAAUGCAGCUGUUGCCAAUAUUAUAGUGGCCAUACUACUAGACAAGCGAUUUGAUUAUGAAGAUCCCACAUACAUAAGACUUCUGAAGUUGAUCAAUGAAAAUGUCCAGCUUUUCGGAAGCUCUUCAGUCACGCUGUAUAACAUGUUUCCUGCUCUUGGUUUUCUUUUGGGGGCUCGUAAGACUGUCCUUCGCAACAAAGAUGAGCUGUUUGCCUUCAUAAAUGCCACCUUCAUAAAGCACCUCAGAGAUCUGGAUGAAAAUGACCAGAGGAGCUUUAUUGACUCAUUUCUUAUCCAGCAGCAAGAGGAGGAGAAGAAGAACAAGACGAAUGCAUAUUUCCACAACGAAAACUUAAAAACUGUUGUGGCCAACUUAUUUGCUGCUGGCAUGGAGACCACUUCUACCACACUGCGCUGGGGACUGUUACUAAUGAUGAAAUAUCCUGAAAUUCAGAUAAAGGUCCAAGAAGAAAUUGCAAAGGUUGUUGGAUCUUCUCAGCCAAGAAUUGAACACCGAACAAAAAUGCCUUAUACAGAUGCCGUGGUCCAUGAGAUCCAGAGGUUUGCCAAUAUUGUCCCAACCAACCUGCCACAUGCCACGGCUACAGAUGUUACCCUCAAUGGCUACUUCAUUCCAAAGGGGACAUACAUCAUACCAUUGCUGUCCUCUGUUCUGCAUGAUGAAUCUCAAUGGGAGAAACCACAUAAAUUCUACCCUGAGCAUUUUCUCAACUCUGAAGGAAAAUUCGUAAAGAGAGAUGCUUUCAUGCCUUUCUCCACAGGACGGAGAGCAUGUUUAGGUGAGACUCUUGCCAAAAUGGAGCUCUUCCUCUUCUUCACAAGUCUCCUGCAGAGAUUCACCUUCCAGCCACCCCCUGGAACUUUUCAAAAAGACCUCGAUCUUACUCCUGCUGUUGGGCUUACAACAUCGCCCAUGCCCCACCAGCUCUGUGCUCUGCCACGUUUCUAAGACUCACAAGUUCCUGGGUUGCUUAUCAUACCUGUGUGUGCAAUGUGAGCCCUUUUUUAAACACCCCUGUUCAAUAAGGGUAUUUGGGUUGAGUAGCCUACGAGUAGAAUUGGUCCGUGCUUCAUCACAAACCUUAAGUGCCUUUAUCUGCCAUACUGCCAAAUCACGUGAAACUAGCAUUAGAGCAUCUCUUACUUAAAACCUGGCCCUGAGUUCUUAUGACACUUGGGGCAUAGAGAUCAACCUACAAAGCUGGUUCAUGUAUUCCCAUGAUAACAUAUACAGUGGUACCUCUACUUACGAAUAACUCUACUUACGAAUGUUUCUACUUACGAACGGCGCUCUGUCCGCCAUCUUGGAUGCGGUUUAGAUAGGAUUUUUUCUACUUACGAAUUUUUAGAUAAGGUUGCUUCGACUUUCGAUUUUUUCUCCCAAUGCAUUCCUAUGGGAUUCGACUUUUUUUCGACUUACGAAUGUGCGUUUGGAACGCAUUAAAUUCGUAGGUAGAGGUACCACUGUACCUUCAAAGAUCUUGAAGAAUCAUAUUCCCAGGCAGAUGUGCAGAGAAUUGUGACCAAGACGAUAAAGGGUCUGGAAACCAUACCUUAUGAAGAAUGGUUGAGGAAGUUGGGCAUGUUAACUUCUGUGGCUGCAAUGUAUUCAGAUUCUGAACUGUAUUUGUUGUUGUCAGGCAAUGGCUUUGUUUCCUCCUGGUUCUUUAAAAAGUCUGUCAUAAUAGAUGUGGCAACUGGAUUUGCUUCUGGUAUCUCCAUGCUGUCAAUUAGUUCAGUGACUUUCUGCUUCUGGCUUAGGAUAAAGCAACCAUCUUCCAUCUUCUCUCUGUACCUGAAUGAACUUUCUCUGAGAGUCUGGGUGGCUUAAGGGUUCCCUCAUCAAUGGAAUAUUGACUAGUCAUACCAAAAAUAAAAAUGGGGAAAUGUGUCAAAUUCAAAAUUAAAACUCAAAUCUCCACAAGUGGAAAAACUCAAAACCUUCUAUGCCUAGCUAUUGCUCUGAGACGGAAGUCACCAUGUGUUCACCAGGAAAUCUCGUAAGAAAAUCCAGCAACAUCGACUAAAAUACUUUACAUUUUGUCUUAUCUUGGACCCAUAUCCUUUGUAGAAAUGUAUUUAGACACUACGAGAGGAUGCACUUCUUAGUUAUCAUCCUUCCUUGCUCACAUUGUUGCAUGUCAUACGCACAUAUAGGGUAUAGAAAGGUAUACCCUAAUGCCGCCAUGUUAAACAGUUUCAGGAUGAAAAUGAAUAAAAACUAUGGUA